AUGAUGGCACCAUCGCCGGACGUGAAGGUGCCCGACGAUCGCCUGGGCGUCGCGGCGGAGCUCAUUGCGGGGCCGGGCACGGACGUGCGAGGGCUGUUCGUAUACGCCAGUACCACGGGCACCAUGACCAUCGCCCCCGGCGACCCCGUGGGGCUGCUGGUCACAGGUGGGGCUGCUGGUCACAGGUGGGGCUACUGGUCACAUGUGGGGCUGCUGGUCACAGGUGGGACUGCUGGUCACAGGUGGGGCUGCUGGUCACAGGCGAGGCUGCCGGUCCUGGUGCCUGGUGCUGGCGUGACAGCGCUGGUGCCGGUGCUGGUGCGGGUGACUGGUUUCGGUGCUGGUGCUGCAGUGUCAGUGCGGCGCGCGGGGGCGCAAACCGCCAUUCCUAGUGUUGGCGCCACCGUCAUUGCGAAGGUGGGUGGGGGAGGGGGGAGACCCAUCGGGGAACAGGGAGGUGGGAUGGCGCUGCUGGUGGCGCAUGAGGUGCUGAGGAGGAAGAGAUGGGAGAGGUGUCGUGCCUGUGGGAGGCGGGUACAAGAGUGA